AUGGCCCCCGGUGCUAUCGUCGAUUUUCCUACCACCAAUGCCACCCGUGACGGGCAGGCCCUCGAGGAGCUCUCGGACGCCAUCGACCAUGUCAACGUGCUCAAGGCCAAUAUGAAGAAGGAGAAGGGUCUGUACGAAGAGUCCGAGUUCGACAAGGAAAAGGACAAGACGCAGUUCCGCCAGUACGAAGACGCCUGUGACCGCGUCAAGAACUUCUACAAGGAGCAGCACACCAAGCACACGGUGGCGUACAACCUCAAGGCCCGCAACGACUUCCACUCCAAGACGCGCGCCGAGAUGAGCAUCUGGGAGGCGAUGGAGAAGCUCAACACCCUGAUCGACGAAUCCGACCCGGACACCAGCCUGUCGCAGAUCGAGCACCUCCUGCAGUCCGCCGAGGCGAUCCGCCGCGACGGCAAGCCGCGCUGGAUGCAGCUGACCGGCCUGAUCCACGACCUGGGCAAGCUUCUGUUCUUCUUCGAUGCCCAGGGCCAGUGGGACGUCGUCGGCGACACCUUCCCCGUCGGCUGCGCCUUUGACGACCGCAUCAUCUACGGCACAGACUCCUUCAAGAACAACCCGGACUUUGGCCACGAAAUCUACGGCACCAAGUUCGGCAUCUACAGCCCCGGUAUCGGUCUCGACAACGUCAUGCUCUGCUGGGGCCACGACGAGUACCUCUACCACGUCGUCAAGGACCAGUCUACCCUUCCCCCCGAGGCUCUGGCCAUGAUCCGUUAUCACUCCUUCUACCCCUGGCACACCGCCGGUGCGUACCACGAGCUCAUGAACGACAAGGACAAGGAGAUGCUCGGUGCCGUCAAGGCGUUCAACCCCUACGAUCUCUACAGCAAGAGCGAUGACAUUCCCAAGGCAGAGGACUUGAAGCCUUAUUACCUCGAACUUAUUGAUGAGUUCUUCCCCAACAGAGUCAUCAAGUGGUGA